AUGGCUGUUGAAAAAAUACGCACAGAUGAAUUCACAUAUGAUUUUGUCAUCAGCUCAGACAAUAACAUUGCUGUUACAACAUCAGGAGAGGUUUUGUUGGUCGUGAGCAACCUUUGCAGGCCAACCAAGCAUAAGAGCUUCACCCUGUACAAGAUGGAUCCUAAUUCAGACCCUGAUGAUCUUCUAGACUUAACCAAGCUUGUUGAGGUUGAUUCUCUAGGCGAUGAGGCCCUGCUUCUGGAUUCAGGUAUCACUGUGCCUGCUGACCAUACCCGUGGUAUCGAGCCAAACUCCAUAUAUUUCACCCGUCAUGACCGUGUCCGCAGCAAGAAAUGUUCAUACCUCGACGUCUGUGUGUACAAUUUUGUUACAAAGACCAUCAAACGCUUCCCCGGUCUCUCCAACUUAAACAUCAAGGAUGCUCUAUGGUUUGUUCCCUUCUUGCAUCUUUGA